CGCGGAAGUUGCGGGCAGCAGACGGCGGUGAGGAGACAGCUUCUUCUUCUCCGGAUUUAUUUUAGUUUGACCCGAAAAGAAGAAAAAGAGCCAUGAACCACAGCGCCAUGGAGAUGGACCACAGCCACCACCAUCACGCCACCAUGGCUCCGCCCAGCGGCGGCGGCCAUGUCCACGGAGGCGGGGCCAGUGACGCAGUGCUUGAUGGGAAGUGUGGCGGACACGGCGGGAUGGCGAUGAGCUUUUACUUCGGAUACAGUAACGUGGAGCUGCUGUUCACCGGACUGCUCAUCAACUCCCCCGGAGAGAUGGUGGGGGCGUGUAUAGGUGUCUUCCUAUUGGCCAUCCUGUACGAGGGGAUGAAGAUCGGCCGCGAGGCGCUGCUGCGACGCAGUCAGGUCAACGUGCGCUACAACUCGAUGCCGGUGCCCGGGGCUGAUGGGACGGUGCUGAUGGAGACACACAAGACGGUCGGGCAGCGGAUGCUAAGCCCCGCCCACUUCCUGCAGACCCUGCUGCACGUCUUUCAGGUGGUCGUCAGCUACUUCCUGAUGCUCGUCUUCAUGACCUACAACGGCUACCUCUGCAUCGCCGUGGCAGCCGGCGCCGGCAUGGGCUACUUCCUGUUCAGCUGGCGGAAGGCCGUGGUCGUCGACAUCACGGAGCACUGCCAUUAGCCUGUUAGCUCGUGUGCUAGUUAGCUUUCCUGUGGUGAGGUUCGAUUAUUGCUGAUCACAAUCGAUGAACGCUAGCUGACGUUCUAACAUAACGGCGCUGGAGACACUAAACUACGAACAGCUGUUACUCGGUAACCAUGGUAACGCCUCGUACACUAACGACUGUAGUUAGCCAGGAAACGACUAAUCGCACUCGUUGUUUUCUAACACAAACAUCUUUUUUUUUUCUUUUUUUUGGGAGGCGGGGAAACUUCUACAGCUGGACGAGCCGACCAAUCACAGCUCGACCACUUGAGACGUCUGAUUGGCCGAAUCACCUCGUUCUGUCUUUUUAUUUUAUUUUUUUUCCUCGUUAGUGCCAUGACAACUGGAAGGUUAGCGCUAUAUGUAGCUUACAUACACGUAUUAUUGUAGUUAGCAUCGCUAGCGGUUCAAGAGGAGCAACCAAUCAGAAUUUAGACAGUAUAAUUUAUUAGCGAAUAGAUGUUUUAUUAACUUUUUUUUUAGAUUUAACUGAAAAUAUAAAAUAUAUCUUUUUUUUGUCUUUUUUUGAAACUAAAAUACAGUUAACGUGAAACCAGCUUACAUUUUUAUCCUUUAUUACAUCAUCGUUCACAGUAGCCAAUCAGAGCUCAGAUCCUUUAGUAAAGGUUUACAUUAUGUUUUUGUUUUGUGAUUAUUUCCCCACUUUUAUUUUGAAAUUAAAAACAUCGUACACCUGCCGACAUAUUUUGAGAUAAAUUCAAAGCUCCAGAAUCACGCGUGGUAAAGAAGAUUAUUAACAAUGAGACGCGUUGUUAAUAAUCUUCUUCUAUACGAAGCGUUUCUGGACUUUUUUUUUUACACCUUUUUUUUGUUUUUUGGGGUUUUUUUGUUAAAUUUUGCGAUCAAUUCGUGUCGGGCUCCACCGUCGUCCUUAACGAGACACCUGCUGCCUUAACGAGGCUGAACGUGCUGCUGCUGACUGGAGGCCAGUGAUUCACUUUUAGAUCAACUUUAAAAAAACCUUUAACUUGAACCAUCAACAUGCUGUUCAGCCUCUAAUCAUCAUCGAUUAGUGAUUCAUCCUCUAAUCAUCAUCGAUUAGUGAUUCAUCCUCUAAUCAUCAUCGAUUAGUGAUUCAUCCUCUAAUCAUCAUCGAUUAGUGAUUCAUCCUCUAAUCAUCAUCGAUUAGUGAUUCAUCCUCUAAUCAUCAUCGAUUAGUGAUUCAUCCUCUAAUCAUCAUCGAUUAGUGAUUCAUCCUCUAAUCAUCAUCGAUUAGUGAUUCAUCCUCUAAUCAUCAUCGAUUAGUGAUUCAUCCUCUAAUCAUCAUCGAUUAGUGAUUCAUCCUCAACGUUCAGAGCAGAGAGGAAACUUUACUUUUGAGGCUUUUUGUUGUCAAACAUUCAACAGCUGCACUAAAACAUUUUUAGAGAAUUGAAAUAUUUCCUUUUUGUAUAUUCUGAGUCACGUGAGGAUAAUUCAUCCAAUUUCUGGCUAAAAGAAAAGUUUUUAAGGUGUUUUUUGUUUCUCUCAAAUGUAAAAUAAAUAAAAGGAGGAUGACAUUAGACCCUGGACAGUAUGUACGGGUUAGAUGAAGCUCAUUUCCACCAGAAACAGGAAACAGGAACAAAGGGAACUGAUCCUGACUGCUCUGUUCUGGAUGAAAUGACUUUAAAUGUGAUUUUUUUUUUGGGGUCUUUUCUGGUAUAUUUUCGCACUUUCUGGACCAAUCAGGUGAGCAGGAACAGAUCACGUGUUACUGCAGAGCCGGUGGAAGCUGCAGUCGAGUUCAACAGACUCUUCAUGUUGAUGUUGGUAGAAAAUAAAAACGUUAUGAUUAAAACUGUGUGAAGGAAAAUAUUUUAUCAGAGUAUUAAAGUGUCAAAUGUUUUAAUUGUUGUCAACGAUGCUGGAAACAAUAAAGUUUAUC